AUGUUUCUACACCAAUUUUUACCUAAACUUCAAACUCUUCUCUUAAUCGCUACAUUCUCCCCUUUUGUCUCUUCCCAUCCCGACACUCUUAGUUAUUCGCUGGAAACUUCAAACAACCAUAAUGAAGAGUUCAAACCCCUCUCUUGCGAACAUCUUUGCCCUCUUACCGAAGCUUUCCUUAAAAGACCCUGUGCCAUAGACUCAAAACUUUGGGUGACAGUUUGUCCCAAAACCGCGGAAUUGGAAGGAAUUGAAAAUCCUUUGGAUUUUGACAAGCUAGAGGAUGAGGAAAUUAAUAGAAGAAUGGAUGUUUUAAAGGAGGGAACAGAACAAUUGAUUAAGGAAAAUGAAAAAAUGAUUGAUCAAAGUAUAAAAAUAAAUAACAAAAAUAAAUUAAUUCGGUGGCUAACAGGAGGAGAAACCCCAAAAUUUGAUGAAAAUGGAAUUCAUCGAAAGAAAAAAACAAACAAAAAUCCUAAGAGGUCUUGGAGUCUGUUAAGGUCUAAAAUUGAUGAAAAUAAAGGAGAAUGGGAUGGGCCGAUAUUUAAUUAUAAAAAUAAAAAGAUGCUGCAAUGCAAGGGUUGGCAAAAGUUAAAAAUCCAAUUCGGCUCUUAUUGGAGAUUGGCCAAGGAAGUUUGGGAUGAAUAUAAGAAGAAGCCGUUGGAUCCCCAAGCAGAGGCUUUUUAUUACAAGUUGGUGUUUUUAUUUAAAAAAUUUUCAAAGAAAGUCUCGAACAUUUGGAAUAUUAAUCUCGAUAAUCAAAGGAUUUUUUGGAUGCCAAAAAAUUUUUAA